AUGAUAGAAGAAGUUGAACCCAAACCUGAAGAAACUGGUGAUGUUAUAGUAAGCACGGGUAUUGAAAAAGACGGUGAUCUUAUAAUCGAUCAUGAUAAGAAGCUAAUAACUAAUCCGCUCAAGGAAAAUGAACCUGUAAAUAAUGCUGAUGAUAAACCAAUGGACGCAACAGAAGAAACAAAGCCAAGUAAGAAAGCUUUAAAGAACAUAUCAAUUGAAGAAAUACCUAAAAUUGAAACUUCUACUGUCCCUGUAACGGAAAUCCCAUUGGAUAAUGAUAGUCAGACUAAAGACGAAGUAAAAGAAAAGGAUAAGGGAAAUGAAGGCUCGCAAGAUAACAAAGAAGAAAAACAUGAAAUUAGUAAUGUUGAUACAAAAUCUGAAGAACGAAGACGUAGUGUCCAAAACAGCGACGGCGAUGGAGUGGCCCUCAUCAACUACAUGCACCGCAUGAACACCGAUGAGGGAGACGACGAGGACUUGGAACCCAGUGCUGAAGACUUGGAGAUCUUCGCCGAGCUCGACCGAGAGCAGGAAGAGCGGCAGGCCAGGAUCGACAGGGGGGAGCCGGCUGUGGAUCCUAUGAAACUCUACGAUAAGAAGACAAUGGAUGCAUUCUAUAAAGCAGAAGAGCGUGUGCCCGCGCAUGCAGUGAAGGAUAAGAUCAUGUACACCACGUACAAACACGACAACGCGUUCGACAGGAUCGCUCUGAGCCAGCUCACCGCUGGGGACAGACCAGAUGAAAAGAAAGUGAAGCUCACAUACGUCCCUGGAGCGGUUCUGUACGAGUAUCUUGACCAGAAACCCUGCACCGAACUGGACUACGAGAUUGGUGAAGAGAAAGUGGAUUCAGGACCUUCAUCGGGAGAAACAGAGUCCAUACACGUACUCAGUGACACUGACACCAAUUCUGAAGAUGAAGCCCUAGAACUUAAACCAAAGCCAAGCACAUCCAAAUCUAAUAGACCAUCCACUGCAGCUGUUAGAAACACUGACAACAGCCAAGCUAAAACUGAAGAUAAAAAAUCACCCAGAGAUGAUACAGAUAGGGGAAAUCACACUUCUGCUAAAUCUGGAAGAUUCGUUCCCACUGGUAGCAGUCAGAGCACUCCUGGUAAGAGGGAGAAAGGUGAAGACUUCAAGGCAAAGAAAAGAGAUGGUGACUUCAAAAACGAUCCCGAAGAUAGAGGUCCUGAUGCAGGAAUUAAAGAAGAUAAUGAAAAUGAAAAAUUGAAUUCUGAAAAGCAAGAUGCUCCAAAGACUGAAGCUCUGUCGUCUUCGUACGAGACGAUGCUGAACGUGGACCGCGAGGAGGCGAAGCAGUCCAUCAUCAACACCAUCAACUCUUACGAGGAUGAGAGGUUCCCUUCGCAAGGUGUAGACCGCUCGGACAUGGUGUCGGAUGCUCGCAUCGAGCAGUCAGUCGCCUCUGAGAUCCUGGACAGAACCCUGCAGUACGAGGAGCGUUCCUACUUCCAGCAAUACGACGUGCUGACCAGCCAGGCCGGGAAUAUCGAUAACAAGACCAACGCCAUCAUCGAGCAGAUUUCAGACCAGUUUGAUAACGAGUAUUCUUUGCCCGAAGUGUCUCGCAUCCUCGAAGUCCACAUGGACGCGGCAGAACAAAGAUGGCGGGCGGGGGAGUUCCUGCACUACAUCGCCGUCAGUCCAGCAGAGUCAGUCGCCGACCCAGACGACACAGAAGUGACUCUGGUCCCCAGUCACGAUACAUCUCUAGAGGAUACGUUGACAGACGAAAACGUCAACCGAAUGGAAGCCAUCACAGAGUGCAACGACUCAGGAAUCGGAAAUGACAAGUCUAUUGUUGGAGAUGAUGACGAAAAUAGUACUAAUACUGAUGGAAGAGCUAAUGAUUUUCCAAAUAAUGACAGCGGAGUUUCUGAUACUGACAGAACUGAUAAUAAUGGCACUCUAUCAAGCGAUGAAAGGAAUGAAAGGGAUAAUGAUUCUUCGACAAAUAUAUCAAGUUACAACAAAACCGACGAAGACAAAGAUGUAGCUGAAGACAGUUCAGUAGCUGACGACUCCAAAAUCGACGAUUACCAAUCAGUUCUCGACGAAAGUGAUAUUGCUAACGAUAAAGUGAACGAUGUUUCGACGGAAUGCGAGGAAAUGUUUGAAGAUUGCGAAGAAAUGGGCGAUUCGAACGAUGGAAAAGACGAAUUCGAUCUGAUAAGCGAGAAUUACUCUCUAGAAAUGAAGCUAGCUCUAGGGAUUCAUAAGGAUUUGUAG